AUGUCUGAUGAAGAGGAUUUCAUGAUGUCCGAUGGUGACGGAGAGUCAUACGACUUUGAGUUUGAAGAUGAUGAUGAUGGAUUGGCUGAUGAAGAUAUGAAUUCAAUUGGUGAUGAAGAUCAAAGUGAUGGUAAUGGUGAUGAUAAUGAUGAAAAUUCAGCUGAAGCAUUGUAUUAUAAUGCUAAGAAUACAAAACAAGAUGAUCCAGAAAGAGCAAUUGGGAUAUAUGAAGCUAUUUUGAAGAUUGAAGACUCGAAUUCUGAUUCAUCAGUGGAGGAAUUGAUUGAAUAUAAAUUUAAAGCUUUAAAGCAAUUGAUUAAAAUUGAAUAUAAAUUAGAGAAAUAUGAUGGAUUCAUAUCACAUUAUAGACAAAUAUUUCAAUUGGAUUUGAAUAAGAUAACAAGAGGAUAUGUUGAAGAUAGUUUGAGUAGGAUAUUGGAUAGUUAUAUUGGAUUACCAUCAAAUUUACAAUUAGAUUUUUUAAAUACAUUUAUCCAAGAUUGUCAAAAUGGUAAUGAUCGAUUAAAUUUAAAGGCAAAUUUGAAAAAAAUUCAUGUAUUCAUUGAAUUGAAAAAAUUAGAAGAUUCUAAAAAAUUAUUGAAUCAUUUAUAUGAAUUACUUGAUAAAAUGUCUGAAUUAACCAAAAAUACAUAUUUAUUAGAAUUAUAUUCUAUUGAAAUUCAAUUACAUUCAGAUGAUAAUACACCAGGGGCAGGAACCAAAUUAAAAGAGUUAUAUAGAAAGACAUUAUCAAUUCAAAGUACAAUUCCACAUCCAAGAAUUAAUGCAAUUAUAAAAGAAUGUGGUGGUAAAAUGUAUAUGAAGGAUGAAAAUUAUGAGCAGGCCUCAAUUGAAUUUUACGAAAGUUUUAAAAAUUAUGAUGAAGUUGGUAAUCAAUCUAAAAGAAUUAUAAUAUUAAAAUAUUUAAUUAUUACUUCAAUAUUAAGUAAUAAUGAAAUUAAUAAAUUUGAAAGUCAAGAAACAAAAUUUUUUUUAAAAGAUGAAAGAAUUUUAAAAUAUAUUAAAUUAAUAAAUACAUUUGAAUCAUUAAAACAUGAUGAAUUUAUGGAAACUUUAAAUUUAUUAUUUAAAUUGGAGAAAGAUGAUGGAUUUUUAAUUCAACAUUUGAAAACUAUUGAAAAAAUUUUCAAAUUACAAACAUUGAUUAAUUAUAUUAAACCAUUCAAAAGAUUAUCUAUAUUGAAAAUUUGUGAAAAAUUAAAUUUAAAUGUUGAAUUUAUUGAAGAUAGUUUUUUGAAUUUAAGUAAUAAUGAACAAAUCAAAAAUAUCAAAUUAGAUUUCAUUGAAGGUGUGAUUUAUAAUAAUGCAUGA